AUGCUUGUGCGAAAAGCGCAGAGUAAAAAGAAAUCAACAACUGGUACACCUAUUGGUGAUCCAUUAGAUAGUAGUUUAACAUCAAUAGAAUGGCUACCAAACAUGCAAAUAGGAGAAAGUUCAACAUCAUCAUCAGUAGCCACAGCAACAACUACAACAACAGCAUUACCUAUUAAACAAUCAUUACCUACUACAACAUAUAUUCAACAUAAAACUGAAGCUACUGAGAUAGAAAUACCGACAACUACAUUUAAUGAUAACAUUCAUGUUAAACCUCCUUAUAGUUAUGUCACAUUAAUUCGACAGGCUAUUCAGAGUACGAGAAUGCGACGAAUGACAUUAAAUGAAAUUUAUCAAUGGAUUGUUGAUUCGUAUCCAUAUUUUCGCACAGCACCACCAAAAUGGAAGAAUUCAAUUCGCCAUAAUUUAUCAUUAAAUAAAUGUUUUAAAAGACUUCAAAGAAGUACAAAUGAUCCUGGCAAAGGUUCCUAUUGGGCAGUUGAUGAAUCGUUUGAAAGUAAUAAUCAAAUGAAUUCUCGUAAAAGAAAAUUCGAAGACACACAACAAUCUCCUCAUAUGUUACCUUCAUCACCAGGUACUUUAAUUCAACAACCACCUGGUAUUUAUACAAGUAAUAAUCCAAUGAUAUGUGGGGAUAUUAGUAGUGUUGGAGGACAAUCAUCAUCAACUGAUGAAUCAGAUUCAACUAUGACAACAUCGGAAUCGGUUAAUCAUUCUAAUACUCUUCCAGUUGUUAUUGAAGAAGAGCCAACCUUUGAUUGGGAUUCAAUAACGUCAUAA